AUGCGUCUUCUUGCAAUACUCUUACUUGUAGUACUCUCAUGUUUUAGUGCUGAAGCACUCAAAAAACGAGAGGUUCAACUGGCUCAUGCUGGCUAUUGUCCAAUGCAUAUGAUGAUAUGUGCCGUUUAUUGUCCACCUAAUCUUAAUUUAAUACUUUCAAGACAAAUCAAUGGUUGUACAAGAGAUAGUGAAUGCGCUGGUGAUGAAAAAUGCUGUAGACCAGCUUGUGGAUGCACCAACAGAUGCACUAAAGCUUUAGAUAAGCCAGGAUUUCAAAAAUUUCUUUGA